AUGGCAGAUUCUUCAAAUGAAGUUAUUUACAAAGAAUUGGAUUACACUAAACGCAACACAUCAUUGAUAAGCGAUGUACAGGAUCGCAAAAUCCCCGUCCCUCAUGGCAACGCUUUGGAGUCUCAGGUGCCCGCGUCAUCAUCCUACAUAAUGAUGGAUCGAAGCCAGCUCAGUGGGGACGUAGACCGAUGGAUACACGGGGAGAGUGCAACCCCUGUAAGCACUGGUGUCCAGAGGAGCAGGAUACCGCUGGUGCAACGAUCAACUCUCACUGCAGCCACCACAGUGAGAACGUCCGGAUUAUGUUAUGCGUUAGCCCUAAUGAUGCCCAUAUUACGAGCACGCCAUUACCCAGUUUGGAGAUGUAGUCCGAGUGCUAUGACAAAUACUUUGGAGCCGUUCUUUGUGCACCUGGGUCAGAUUUGCAGCAGAAUUCGCGAACAGUUUCGACGGCUCUCCACAGAGCACAUAGUUCAGGAACUGUUUUCUACAGCUAUGGAUAUAAUUCUAGUCGUCUACGCAAUCGGUUUUCUUAUUAUUUCUAUGUGCCAGUCGUCAAUUAAUGAAACUUAA